GUGUGUUGUCAGUGUCUCUAUCUGGAUUAUUAUUAUGAAGUGUGUGGAUUCAUGCUUCGUCGGCUGAGUGGACCCAUGUGAACCCAGCGGCGUACUCUUCAAGGUUCAGGAUGCCCUCCUUGGGCUCGCCAAACGACAACCUCUCGGAGAACCUCAACAACAACAACGUCAUCAAGAUCCACCACAGGCACUCCGCCCACCUACCGCUCAUCCACACCAACUACAAUUGCAGUAGGCGGUAUGCUGAAGUCGGCGCUUGGAGGAGGUCAGUAGAGGAGAUAAAUAAGGGUUCAUUGUCUACACCAUUUAUUAGAGGGGAUGCCUUCCUGGAGCCAUACAUGCAGGGGUUGGACCCGCCUGCACGCCCACCGCCGCCCACUAAGCCUGCCUUCCCACCAUCUCCCAGGGCCAUAGAACAGACCACGGAGACAGAGGAUGAAGGCGAUGGUGGUGAGAGCGGCGCUGAGGACAGUUCGCGGGGCAGCUCUGUGGCCAGCGAAGAGACCCCCUGUGAUAUUGGCCUUAUGGAGCGGCUCAUCCGCAGCCAUCCCGUUUGGUUUCUACCAGGCAUCCAGCGGGCUGGGGCAUUCCAUCUGCUCCAAGGAAAGGAAGAGGGUAAUUUCGUCGUGCGCCAGAGUUCACAGACUUCUACUAUGGCAAUAUCUGUGAGGCUGCCAGCCGGCAAAGGCCCCUAUAUCGAACACUACCUCAUUCAGGCAGGGCCUGACGGGCAGCUAAGCCUUGAGUCCAGUGAUAAUAAGUUCUCCAGUAUCCCUGCGCUAGUUGCACACUAUGCACAGUGCUGUGAUGAGUUACCUGUGCAACUAACUUUACCAAGAGCUAUCAGGGAAGCUAAGAACAGACAACAACUUUCAUCGCUCGCUUUGCUUGGGCAAGAAUUCUGGAGGUACCCAAUGGCUAACCCUCGACCAGCACAGAACAACAGCGAACAGACAGCACAGCCAGAACAGACAGGUCUUAAUAGCAGCCUUCCUAGCAGCCAAGCCAGCAGUCUUACCAGCUUUGGCAGUGGUAAUAACAAUAAUUCAGGAAGGAGUCCUACUGGAGACCCUGAUUCAAUUGUUUUGAAUUUAACACCUUUAAAUGAACAACCACAACCUUCCAGUUUACUCUCAACCUUUAAAGGAUCUCAAAAUGAAUCUGCAGGUAGCCCAACAUCACUGCCUAGCAAUUCCCCAACAGAAUUGUGCAAUGUUCCCCCUCGAGCACCACGACCAACACCUCCUAACACGCUUAAUCUCAUUAGCACUUCUGCUAACAACAGUUCAAAUUGUAAAUCAGUAUCAAGUCCGCCACACUCUUUGGGUAUGGUUCCAACCAAAACACCACCUCCACCACCACCUCGUUGGUCAAAACCUGGUCAGAACUUCACUGUAACAACCACUGUAACAUUCUCAAUGACUGAAACUACAUCGACUUCUCCUCCCCCACAUGUUGAGAAACAGCCUUCAAUUUGUGACACUGAAAGCUUACCUUCACUACAGUCUGGAACAGCUACCCUGGAGUCCAAUAGAGCUGGAAGCGCCAAGUCCCCAGUCUCUGACAUCCUUAGUCCUUCUCAAGCUCUUUCUCCAACAGGCUCUGACCCAAGAUCUGCGCUGUCCCCAACCGGUUCAGAUCCUCGCUCUGCCCUCUCACCAACUGGUUCAGCUCUCUCACCCACAGGCUCUGACCCAAAGUCUGCCCUGUCUCCAGUGUCUGAUUCCAAACCGCCGCAUCGGAGAAGCAAGAGGCAUAAAGAGUCUAGGCAUUACCAAGAGUCAGAUAUCCUUGAAUCACCAGGUGUUUACUACAGAAGCUCUGUAGCAGACAAGGUUAGUGAUUAUGAGGACAUCUGGGGUCCUGAAUCCCUGACCACCUUUAAGCCAAGGUCAUCACCGUUCAGUCCUCCCGAGGAGCAGCGGAGGGUGCCAGACAUCCUCGACAGGGUUCCGCCAUGCCCCGCUCCCAGACCUAGUCUCAUUGCCCCUCAUCCAUCACCGAUUUCUCCCACCGAACCAAAGACUCCUACCGAACAGGCACCAACCAACAACAAACAGUCAUCCCCUUUCUAUUGUGAACCAGCCGACGCAAUUAAGAAUGCAGCUUUAGAGGUUGCAAGAAGACGCAACCGAGGCCUACACCGCAACAACAGGCAUUCAGACCCAGCAGCCCUCCUGCAGUGGCCAGCCAUUGCGACGGGGGGUAUCCUAGAGAGAAUAGACUCAAAGGAGGAACUCUCAUUUUCUGGUCUUUCAUCUUCCGUUGAUAACCUCAUUGGACCAAGGAAGCUCGGUAGGCGGAUAGGUCUGAUAGAGAGGGGCAAGGGUAAACCCAAGAUAGCCAAGAGGCCUCAAGGUAAAAACUUUAGUGAUACUUCUUGGGCUGUUGACUCUAGCUGGGAGUUCAUAGGUAAUGAAGAAGAACAGGACACAGAACAAGAAGAAUGCCCUGAAGAAAAUUUCAUGACUGAAAGGAGGUUUCCAUCUCUUGAACAACAGGAGAGUGAACCGAGCCCGGUCCAAAAAGGCAUAACCAUUCAAGAACUCAUUGCUGAAAGAUGUCCGGAGCUAAGGCUCCCAACAGACUUUUCAGUCAGGGGUGAUGCAGGGAAAUCUGACUCGUCUGGAAAUAGUGGUUCCCGGGUUUCGGCAUACGAUAAUGUAACAAAUGGUGCAUCUACACAGUCCCAUCUUAGUGAUGAUGACACUCAGACAAUAUUUUCCGAGCCAUGGGAUAGCUCAAGGUGGGAAACACUUCUGGAGAGAGGUGACGAUUGGGGUCGAGGAGAAGAAAGGAUAUCCAUUGUGAGGAACAAAAGCUUUAAAGAACGUCUAGAUCCUCUAUUAUGUGCACCAAGGCUUGCUGCUCUCCAGAGGACGAGGAGGGAAAGCGGUGGGACUGGCGCCUCGAUCCGAGCCUAUACCCUCCACUUGGCUGCAGACAAGACCACUGUCUUCGCCAGAACUAUCGACAACUUCAUCUCUUGCACCAAGGAGUCGAAAGAGACCAGGCCACAGAUAGUCAUGAGGAACAUGAGGCAGUUCAUGACGGGCAUGAAGAACUAUCUUGUCACUCAUGGAGAGCGCGAGUUUGAGAGGCAUGUCGAAAAGGAGAGGAACAAGCUCCGUGCAAAUGAAUUCCUAAACUUGGAUGCCAUAUUAGAAGGAGUCAUGCACAAAUUGGUUGUCAGACCCCUUCGUGAGCACCUUUAUAGGCUGUUUGUUGAAGAAUACACGGAAUCAGGUGCAAUACAGUUGUUAGCAGAAAACAUUACGUAUGCUCGUACUAAAACUCCAAAAGAUAUUGGUAUAAGGCCUAGCGUUAUUCCUCCCAGUGAUGAAGCUAUGGAAGAAAUCUGCUCUUACCUUCAAAAAUUGCAAGAAGUGGAUUCUCCUUUAGAAAAAUUGGAAAAUCUUCUCACCUCUAUAGCUUCAAUUUUUAACUACGUAAAGGUGAGUAACAAUCCUAAGACCGGAGUUCUACUUGGUGCUGAUGACUUUUUACCUAUAUUUGUCUGGGUGCUUGUACAAAGUGGAAUGGUAGGUGCCGAAAUUGAAGCUGACUACAUGUGGGGUCUUCUUCAUCCUUCAUUGUUGUCUGGAGAAGGAGGAUACUACCUGACUACUCUGUCCAGUGCUGUACAUGUACUUAAAAGUUUUCGUGCAUGUUCAGAGGAGCAUUCCGCAUCUGGAGCUCCCCAAACUUGGGGACCAGGUCCAUUAUCUGAAUUUAGAUCUGUAUUAAAAAUUGUUGUUCCUGAUGAAAUGAAUGGUUCCAUAAUCACUAAGACACUUCCCAUCAGGCCAAACAUGACAACUAAAGAUGUAUGCAAAAUCAUCGCUCACAAAGUGAGAAUAACCAAUCCUCAGGAUUAUGGACUCUAUAAGCUUGUAGAUGGAGAAGAAACUGUUUUAACUGAUAGCGAGUGCCCACAAGAUGUCAAGGGAAAUGUUACCAACUUAGGAAAGCACUGUAUGUUUGCCUAUAAAAGGAUUGAUGCCAAAAUAGCAUGGCCUAAAAACACAUCUCAAUAAUUUCUUAUAAAUCCAUAUACUCAGUACCUUAUAGAUUUUAUCCUAAGACAUAUUAUCCUUCUGCAAAAAGUUUAUGUGAUGUUUUAAAUUAUGUAGUAUUAACAUGUGGUAUUAAGGUACACUAUUUUUUGUUUAAAGUAGAAAAUGUGCUAGCAAAAGAAUUGUGAAUUGUGGAGCAUAUAAAUAUGAUACUUUUUUACUAUUGUGCAAUAAAUGUAACUUUUAAAUUUUCCAUUUAUUAACAAUUUUUAAUAAAUGUGUAUUUUAACUGUUUUAUGAACUAAUGAAAAAUUCAGUAUUUGAAUAUUAAUUUUAUUGUAUUGUAAUUGCUACUAUAAUUUCAAAAAUAAUAUUGUUAUAGUGGUAAUGUACUCGUGGGAACAUGAAAUAGUAUUUAAUCCAUGAUUUAUUACCAAUGUUACCUAUAAUCUUAAAGCAAAAAUCUGAUUUUAUUGAAAUUAAUAACUUUACACAGGCGAUCUUUAGUUUUCAUCAAAUGAACUUUCAUGAGGGGCCUUAUGUAGUUAACAGACAGUAGAUUUAGAUUGGGACACCUUCUUUUUUAUUAAACCUCAAGCUAUUAGAAAGACAUAUUUUCAUAAAAACAUCUCUGUUUUGAUUAUUUAUAGGUGUCUUGAUUUACAAUAUAAUAUACCUUCUCUAUGUAUUUUAUUAUAAGAAAGCAAUUUAAAAGUAAUAUUAAUGCUAGUCAAAAGAAAAAAAAACAACUUUUUUUUCAUAAUACUUAUGAUUUUAUAUAUUGUUAUAGUUUUUAGUGAGUGACAAUAUCAUUUGUAUUUUAAUAAAAAGCUGUUAUGCAAAACACCUAUAUUUGCUCAUCUGCUUGUUUAUAUAUAUAUAAAUGACUUUACAAUGUUCUCAUUUAUCUUCCUUGUAUUUAAUACAUGGAUAUUGUUGCUCAAAGUUUAUAGGUUAUGUCAAAUUAUGAAAGCUGGUGAUUGGCUGAAGUUCUUGAUAUUUUCAAUAAAUAACUUUCCAUUUGUUUCUUAAAUAAAAUAUUUUCAAAUAUUACAAACUAUACUAUAAAUGACUUAAAGCAAAAAUGCUAGCCUUGGCUAAAUAGAUCUUCAGCCAAUCAUUUUGAGUUCUAUAUUAUAUGUGACAUUGUAGAAUUUGUAUAAUUAAUUUGUACAUAUAUUAUUCAUUUCGAAAUAUAACACGAGGGUGAGCUGACACCUUCAAGAUUAUGUCUGUUUGUAUGUAGAGUUGUUCAUAUUUAAUUUUAGUAACUUAAUAUUUAUAAUUUUUCUAUUCUUGUAUAAAGUAACACGUUCUUUCUUUUCCUCUCUAUAUAUUUUUCUUUAUUAUCUUGACCAACGAGGUCUGAUGUUACUAACAAAACCCAUUUUACCAGUAGAUGUCAUAACUGGAAAAUCCAUGAUUGAUAGCCAUAAAAUUACAAUAAACUAUCUUUUCAGUGAG